CAUCAGUGUUCAACGUGUCUUAGAAAUGCAUACCAUCCACUGAGAACAGAUAUUUCUUUCCGAACGAAUAGAAUCUCCAAAACGGCCAAUUGACCAUUCAACUAUACAAGACAUCAGUUGCCAAUACAAGCAAUGCCUUCCCUUCGGCUACCUACCCAUUCCGCCUUUAUUAGGGCGUGUGCUCGACGCUCUGGAGCAGCACCCCGCACCAUAUCCAUGACGGUUACCCGGCAGUACCACCAGACCGGCAGUCACCUCGCGUACAAAGACGACCAAGACCGCGAGACGCUCAGGCCCCGGCCCAACGACGGCACCAAGAGCGGGUCAGACUCGGACGUGGCCGACACGGGCGCGGCCUACGACCCCAAGACGACAGAUCCCGUCGAGGCUGGGAAGUCGGUCGACCGGGAGAGCGGCGGGAACCCGCUCGAGGCAAGCGGCGCCAACCAGGAGUUCUCGCAGCCGCACAACCCGGAGGAGGCCACCGAGAGGAGGAACAAGACGACGCACAGCGCCGGAGGCAAGCAGAAGAAGCAUGGCAAGACCACGACAGAGGGAGCGUGAUUGAGAGGAGAGGAAAAGGCUGGUUGCAGAUUGGGGGUGUUUAAGCCGCGUUAUCGGGGGCUGUACAAAUUCUGUCUGUGAACAUAUGACGACGACGAUAGUGCGGGCAUGAUAAAGAAGGACUAGAGCGUGAAGUCCAAAAGUCUUGUUCAUAAUUCAUAUCUUGUUUCAUUGAAUUUUGCAAGCCAUCAAGCGCCUCACCAGAUUAAUAGCUCCCGCAAAGGAGCGGCGCAAAUCAAAUUACCCAGU